UCGCAAUAUACUAAAUUCUGAUCUGAGGAUCAGCUGAACGCUGCAAUAACAAAAAAAAUCUGCAGGAAGAAGUAACAAGCAAGGCGAAAAUAAUAUACAUAUAUUUAUUUAUUUAUAUAUAUAUUACAGAAGGCCGCAAACCGUGUAAAGCUGCAGAUUGAUCUUCAUAUGGGCAUUGAAUUGUCUAUUUAAUACUGCAUUUCUUCUAAGAAGAAUUUAUUUUUACGUAUUGUGAACAUUUUUCGUUUUAAUUUUUUAUUUUUUUAGAACAACUACCUCAACUAUAAGGCUACCUAAAGCUGUGCUUUAAGACAUUUUAUCCGAUAUUUUAUCGACAGCUACGUUUACACCUUUUAUGAUACGACAAGAGCAGGUUUUUGCACUAGUACCAAGUGAAACCUUACAACUGCACUGAAAACUGCCUCGCGCCUGAGCUUCUGGCCAAGAAAUUAGCAAGACUAGCACGCUGUGAUUCACACUGGACCUUUUUACAACAAGUUGUGAUCUGCAGUGUACAACUUUUCACCUUCACUUUCACCAGCUUGACGGGCAUAGCUACAAUGUUCCAGCGACUGAGCAGUCUCUUCUUUGGGAGCCUGGAUCAGACGCCUGAAGGAUCAGCAGAGCCCAAACCUAGUGUGUCCGAUGCCGAUGAAGAUGGUUGGCUUCUUGUCAACCUACCAGACAUUCACAGAGCUUGCUCUGGGGAAGGUAACUGGGUUGAACAGGAACAUGAGAGGGACAGGCCCCAGAGACUUUCCCCUUCCUCAUCAGACCAUUCAGGGAAGAUAAUGGAGGGGUAUGCAACACACCCACCCCCUUCUACCGCUGGCCGCUGCAGGACACGCCCCUCGUCCUGUUCUCCCGAUUGGACAGGGUUCAUAACUUUGGAAAGCCCAACCUCCUGCCCACUGGGCUCUUCUCCUCCGACCCCGGGGUCACAGAGUGACUGCAGCGGCAGGUUCAAACCCCGCUGGAUGGAUGAGAGUUGGUAUGUCACCCCUCCCCCCUGUUUUACUGCAGAAGGUGCCACACCGGAAAGCAGCCCAUUGGAAGAUUUGCUCAUUGAACAUCCCAGCAUGUCUGUCUACAUGGAAUCCGGCAUCCAGUCAAUCAAUGAGGAGAUCGAGACACUUCCACUUCACGAAGUCAACCUCAGAGUGGAACCUCUGCCUUCAGGUGGACAGACUAUUACCAGCAGAGCAUCACGGGUCUCCGAUAUGAACAUUAUGUCAAAGGUCAACCAAGUUUCUAGAGUCCAACGGGCCAAGGCACGGGUUGAGAGACGGCAGCUAAGCAGAAACCUCAUGCAACGGCAGAACUGCCUCCGCGAGAAUCUUCCUCAACGUCGCAGUCGUGGCAAGGGGAGCUUUGUGCACCAGCCAUGCCGGCGUCAGUUUAAUUAUUAAGUCAGAAGGGCUGUUUACACUGAGGGCUUGACACUUCCAUCCUUCCCUCUUGCCAUGCGUACUGCCCUCAGACCUUCUGAAGUCAGGCACUAGUUAGUGUCUCCAUGAUGUUAGUUUUAGUGUAUGUUUUCUGGCUGUGCUAACAUUAUUUUUUCCUUUUAAAGGGACUUUCCUUUCUUUUUUUUUUAUACAACAGGCCUACAUUUUUACCCUAGUCCGGCUGUUUCAUCCACCUUCCAAGAGCUGUUGUGCCUAAACUUACAAUGGACAAAUGGAGCACACAGCUACAUUCUUUGUAAAGGCAGUCCUGUAUAGAUUUCCACAAUUUGUCAUUCAACUUGAUGUCUUCAGCAUCAUCACUGGGUUUCAGAAGCAGGAUUAGAAUUAAGAUGGCUUCACACUCUGAGCAAAGGCAGCUUUGUGCUACACUUGACUUCAGUAGCUUACAGAGAAAUAGUAGGAUAACUGUAGCUGUUACUUACAUACGUCCAGUUUGUGUAAAGUGAGUAUAAAAAUGAUUGUAGCGGUGACACAGUAGAAGCGCCUUGGAAGAUGUGCUAAAACAUUAGAGUUAAACAGCAUUAUAUUACUAUGAGAGUGCAGCUCUGGAGUUUUGGAUUCAAAAAAUAUCAUUUAACCUGUUAUUUUUAAUUAUCCGUAGCAGACACUUUAUUUAGAAAUUCAAAGUUUGCUUAUAACAGGUUCUAACCAUUUCCUUCUUCUUCUGCUAACUUGGGUGGAAGCACAAUAGAGAGAAAAAAAAAAAAA